ACUCAGACCCAGCAGCAAUACAACAGUGAGAAACCAGACUAGCACCUCUGAGUUCCUUCUCUUGGCCUUUUCCAGUCACCAAGAGAUCCUGUUACUGUUGUUCUUGGCUCUGUACUUGGCAGCCCUCCUGGGAAACCUGCUUAUUCUUGUUGCCAUUGGAUUAUGCUCACAUCUCCACACACCUAUGUACAUGCUUCUGGUUCACCUGUCGCUGGCAGACUUGUGCUUCACAUCUACCACAAUGCCCCGACUUCUCCAUGCCCUGCUGACAGGGGACAGGACUAUCACCCAUUCAGCCUGUCUGACCCAAGUCUUCUUCUUCCUGUUGGCAGGCAAUGUGGACAGCUAUGUGUUAGCUGCCAUGGCAUGGGAUCGAUAUGUGGCCAUAUGCCAACCACUUCACUAUGCUACUGUGGUAACCCAGCCACGGUGUGCAGUCCUCCUGGGGGCUGUGUGGGUGGGCACAGCCCUGCACUCUCUGCUUCACACAUUCCUCACUGUCCGCUUGUUCUUCUGCAGCAACCAUGCCCUUCCACACUUCUAUUGUGAUGUCUAUCCCUUGUUGCAGAUUGCCUGCUCUGAUACCUCCCUCAACUUCCUA